CUUGCACAAUUGGUGGCUAACUAAAUACUUUUUUGCCCCACUGUAAUAAUUGUGAACGCUAUUAAAUGCACACACAGCGUAUUGACUUUAAGUGAGAAAUUACAUGAUGGAUUUCUUCCACAAAUUAAGGUUCAGAUGUGUCUUAAAAUUGUCUGAUGUGCUUUGAUGUAAAAGGGGGGAGAAUUACUGCACAUUUACAGUAGCAUCUAGUUGUCACACUCUGAUGCUAUUGGCGGAGCCAAUUCUGUCGCUAUAUUUAGGGAAAGUAUUGCUUUUCGUUCAGCCCAACUAGUUUUUACAUGUAAAAAAAAAUUGUAAUUAUGGUUAUUUCAAAAAAGCAUCUAGCAGCAAAUGCUAGCCACUUUUUGUGGUGUUAUUGGAGACUACUGGUCCCUCCAGAGCAGGAGAUGUUCAUCACUCCUCAUCCACACUGUAAAUAAAUGCCCUAUGUUUAAAGCCACCACUGGCUAAUUUAACCAUAAACCUCUAUAAAAAAAAAAAAACGGGCACUCAUAAGGGGCUGCGGCCAUUGCUUUUCAAUAGCUGAUCUUUAUUCAGCCUAGCUGCCAAAUUAUAGGCAGAGAAACUCGGUGUGGGGGCGCUUCUUAUGCAAAUUAGUGACGCAACAGCUGUAACCAUGGUGAUGAGACGACAACAGAAACACUCCAGUGAAAGCAGCCGAGCUAACACAAAAGCCACACACAACCGCUGCCAUUUUAGUGAAGCUCUCCAGGGCAGACGAUUCAAGCCACUGAUGGCCAGCGCAGGUGAAGUGGUGGAGACACUGGUGGAGUCCAACUGUGAGGAGCAAACAGAAAGUGGAGACGAGCAGGUGGAGGAAGCUGUUCAUGUCUCAGCUGCGAGUGAUUUCUGGUCCAGUCCACUCCUUCCUGAAUCAUACAGGCAUAAUUCUGUAGAGGAAGUCCGGCUGCUUGCCAUCGCUGACAACUUCCAGCGUCAGUAUCGUCUUUUGUGUCCCGAACGCAAACCUCUGCUGCUCUGCCCCAUCAACGAAUGUGGUGUCCAGAAGUUUGUGUCGACCACUCUGCGCCCCACCAUGACGAGCUAUCCUGAACUGCUCAACUGGGAAGGAUGUGCUUCGUUUGUGGCCGACUUCCUGUCGAUGAAUCCUUUGGAGCCACCUGGAGAGCUCCCCAAGUUCUUGUUCUCAGCCACCUCAGUUUUGCGCAGUCAGACGGCAACCUGUUUCGAGUAUGCUGCCGUACUGUGUAGUCUGCUGCUGGGAGCCAACUAUGAUGCCUACUGUGUUAGCGGCUACGCUAGCAAGGAGAUGUGUCUGCUAGACCAAAGACUGCAAGCGUGCCCCUUGCUGGACGCCAAGGUUAAGGCCACAGCUUCUGACAUGCUGGCCGACAGUGAGCAAGGGAUGAGAUUUCAGCGUGAGCCGAAGAGUCGCUUCUUAACACAACAGGCCAAGAAGAAACAGGAAGAGGCUGAAGCCAAAGCCAAGCAACAGGAGGAGGUUCCUCAGCCACCUGUCGACCCCCUGCGGGGUUUGCGGAUCCACUGCUGGGUCCUGGUGUUGGCUGGGUGUCGCAGCAUCCAGGAGGACCUCUUCAUCGACCCGCCUACAGGAAGGAGCUUUGGCACCGCAUAUGAACAUUUUCUGGGUGUGGAGAGCGUAUGGAACAACCUCAACUACUACGUCAACAUGCAGGACUGCAAGGACGGCUGUGCUGAGCUGGUGUAUGACCUGCAUGACAUCAAAUUGUGGGAGCCUGUCUUGUUUGGCGUCACCAGUAAAAGACAACUGAGCAUCGACCUCCUCAAGAGGAAAGAGAUGAAAAUGAUGGGCAUGACUUGGGAGGAAGAAGAGGAGGAGGAGGGCCGAGUCUUUGAGAUGCCAAGAUCCUGGGUCACUUCCAUCAGCAUUUCAAAACAAGACUUGGAAACCCGUUGGCCAGGAGGCUGGAAGUUGACUCGUUACAAGAAAGCCGAGCUGGAGAUGUUUGCACCUCACCUGCGAUUGGACGGUCUGGUGACCCGACUGAGCACCUACAAGGACCUGGACUGCACGGAGGUAGUGAAUGUGAAAGAAUGGUACAAGGGCAGAAACGACCACCUGAGGGAGCGAGAGGUGAACAAGGUGACGGGCAUCACCACCGAGCGCUUCACGCCGGGACGGCACUUUCACCUUUUAUUUCACAGGUUCACGUCCACUCCAACAGAUGGUGCUGAGCACGAGAUGGAAUUCAGUAGCGCACGCGUGGACGGCCUGGUGCGGCGCGUGGACACACCAGAGGAGAUGACAGAGAGCUUCAAAGGCCGCGAGGACUUCCUUUACUACAGAAAAGUCAUCUUCGAUCGCAAUGUCCAAUUGCCAGAGGAAACCACCAAGAUGGAGCCAGGAGAGCGACCCCUGCUGAAAGUGUUGGAGCGUUUCCACAGGAAUCCAAGGAAAGAUGCCAACGAGGAUGUCGCUGAGCGAGUGUUCGUGGCGUCGCAGAGGAGGAUCGAGGUGAAGUACCAUCUGGAGGAGCACCGCUUCGUCCCAUGCAUGAGGACCUUUAUUAAACCGCGAGAGUCAAAUGACCAGCAAAACAAGGCUGAAGACUUUACGGCCGACAUGGUUUCCGGCUUCCACGUAGAUCCCGCCCAGAAGCCCCUCCACGCACUGUCUCUCUACGACCUUCUAUCAGACCUCGUCAAGGCUGAGAAGGACGUGGCUCUCCAGAUCAAGAGCUCCAAGAAAGAGGUGCGAGACAUCGUGGCCUGCAGGGAGCAGGAGGAGGCGGACAUUCUUCUUCACUUCUCGCCGUGGACCACCACCGGUGCGGCCAAGGCCCGCAGUCUCCAAGAAGAAAUGGAGCGCGUGGCAGCCGAGGAGCAGCAAUGGUUGCAGGAGAAAGAACAUGAUUUCCUGGCUCCCUUCCUCAUCGGACUGUACGACAUCGAGAUUGUGAGCGCCGAUGAUGCGCAGCGUCUAUUUGACGAUAGCUUGGCGGACUUCAAGCAGCAAAUGAUCGCACAGUCGGAACUUAUCCAGGAACGUCACAACCAGGCAAUACAGGCACUGCAGAAGAAACAGGAACAUUACCAGGAGAACCAGCAGAACAUGAGUCACCAGGAGGAGAAGGAGUACCAGGCCUACUGCGCCCAGCACACCUUUCAGAUACACAUCGCCCAGAAACGCCUCAGCAUGCACAACAGGUCAGCGGCUCAAAAGUACCGUGCACUGGAUCAGAGGCUCAAACAAGACCCCCGACUGGCCCCUUACCUACUCAACUGAACAAAUCAUUUAAUGCCUUGAUUGAUAGAAGCAGGAAAAUGGUGGAUGGGGUUUAAAGUUCAAAAGAGUUUCUAGAAGCCCUGCCCAAAAGGACACAAGAAGUCUAACAUUUAGUUUUUAAGUGGCCGUUUUAGGUUCAGAACAAUGUGGAUGCAAUAACUCUGUUCCUGACUCACUGAUUACCUUCCCUCUGUUUGCUUGCAUCAAAUCCCAAGAGCCAUUCAUCACUGCUUGCAAAAUAAAUUGAGAUCUGUUUUUUGGUUGUAUUUUGUCUGCUCGUACAUCAAGAAUACAUAAUGUAUUACAAUAUGUAGAAUACCUGUUUUACAUAAUAGUCAAUCAAGUACGUGGAAAGUCCUUUGAGCUUUGGAAAAGUGUAGCGUACAGUGAAGGUGCAGAAAGGAGUGAAAAGUGUGUGCAAAACGUGCACGCAUGCAAGGCCGUUAGUUGCCGCUGUUGCUUAUUAAAGGUCCCUUUCCAUCAAAAAAUGUUUUCCAGUGUUUUAUGCAUAACAUAGGUCAAACUAAGUCUGUGACCUAGUUUAAGUUUGACAUCUAUGCAGGUUGUCGAUUUAUUGCAAUAGCCUUUGAACAACAAACCGCUUGCAAAAUGGGUGGAUUUGAAAUUGCAGUCAUUGUGACUGUACAAUUUGCAAAAUGCUGGAGGGCUUAUUCUCAUUCAGUGCCAUUUUUUAAGAAAUGCAUAGAUGACAAACUAUUUAAUUUGUUUCAUUUCAUACUUGAUUAGUGGGCAGGCACUCCAUAGACCCAGCUAUUUGUAUACAAGCCAAUUGACAAACAUCAUUUUUCCAUACUGUCCGCUUUAAUAUAUACUUUUUUAAUUUUGCAACGUACCCUGCAGUCAUCGCUUAGUGUUUUGCAAAAAAAGGUAAGUUUAGAAAACAGUCUGGAUGAUCAAUUCAGUGACUUUAAAACAAGCUUACUUGUAAUGAACUGUAACCACAGUUAUGUAGUCUCUCUCUCUCCCCCUCAUCCCAUUUUUUUCUCCGGAACUUUGCAUCCCUCAACCUGAGUGUGGGCCAAAGCUCAAGUUUAGUAAUGAGCUUGCAGCGAGGCAAAGCUUGCGAGGUGAGAUCCAUCUGCCACACAUCCUUACGCACGUGCACACUCUUCUCUUACAAGCCCCCACUAGAUAAUGCCAGUAUGCCGAACAGCAUAAGGAAUUACGAGCUCCUAAUGAUGCUGCGUGGGCCUCGUUUGACUUGAGCCCCAGUAAGGCUUUUCGUAGUCCCACACAGCUUGGAUAGUUUCACUGUGCGGGGGUUGAUAGUUAUCUUUUUCCUCUCCACCUUUAUAUAUAUAUAUAUAUAUAUAAAAUGGAGUUGGCUUCUCUAAUGAAGACCAACAUCACCUUGAUAUCUCUCUCCAUAAGGGAACUAAUGUGCGGCUCCAACCUGAAUCGCUCAAGGCACAACAGCCGAAACAAAUGAGUCUGAUAUUGCGCAGUCCUUUGGUUGUCAUCCAUCAACUUUUCAUGGCAGCCAAUUAGUGGUUCAGAUAGAAUUCCCCAGAGUUUUACCAACUCUGCUCAUUAGGUCACCCAUAAAAAAUUUUCACUGAACUAAAAAUUCAUGAUGAAGCAAUCUGUUAACGGAUUUCCUAAGCUUCGAGAACACUAUUUGUCCUUUGAACAAAUGAGAAUAAACUGGAGCUUUUUGGCAAGUCACGUCAGCUCUGUGUUUGCAAACACAAAAAUGAAGCAUUAAAAGGACAAAAACAGUCUUACCUGCAGUGAAACAUGGCUCUGUUACAGUUUUGUUGGAUCUGGCACAGGGGGAAUCCGGGGAAUAUGUGCAGGGUACAACAACAAAAGAAAAAAAAAAUAUCAAGGCAUUCAGGAGAAAAAUGUGCAGCCCGGUGUCAGAUUGCUCUGCCUCAACCACAGAGUCGUCAAUGGGGUCAAUGCUCAAAAUAAACAGCUAAUAACACCACAGACUGGAUAAGAACAAAACGUUGCACUAUUGAAAAUAAAAAGCCCACAUCUCAAUUCUAUUGAACACCUGUCGAAGGAGCUGAAGAAGGCAGUCCUCAAACUUGAGGCAAAACUGCAAAAAAGGCCGCCAUAUGAGGUUAUGCACUCAGCCCAGAUUCAUCAUUUGUCCAUUCUUUUUAACCCGGAGACACAAAUCUCUG